AUGGCGACCGUUGAUGAUUUCGCAAAAUCUAUCGCUGAAGGACAGGAGCAGAUUUUCGACAAGUGUUCUCCGUGUUCAGAAUCCGGAAGUACAAAAGAAGCGGAUAAAUUCUGUGUUGAUUGUGGAUCAUACUUCUGUGCUAAAUGUCUGCUGGAUCAUAACAAAUUCCAGGCGUUAAGAUCACACCAGAUUUCAGACAAGCCCGGACAAAACAAACGAAAUGAAACUGGGACGAGCCUGCCGACAGAGCGAUGCUCAAUCCACCACGGAAAGUUGGUUGACAUGUUCUGUAAAGUUCAUGAAGAAGUGUGCUGUGCAGCUUGUAUUGCUAUGAAACACAGGGCAUGUGUAAAUGUGGACUAUAUUCCUAGCAUUUCAAACGGUAUACGAGACAGUGCUGAGUACAAGGACACCAAACAUUCACUUCAAAAUAUUCUAACUAAGAUGAAACAAAAAAGAGAAGCAAGAAACAAUAAACUGAAUGAUCUUGAGAAGCAAAAGAAUAAGUUGUUAGAAGACGUAGACAGCUUCAAAGAAGAACUGAUCAAGAGGAUAAAAGAGCUUGUCGACAGUUCAAAGGAGCAAGUAUUUUCAAAGUAUGAAGGAUGUAAGAAAAUAAUACAGUCAGAUUUGGAUACUCUAGAUACUGUUAUAUCGACAACGACAACGAGCGAACAGAAAUUGUCCAGUAAAAAUGAAGCCCAUCUGUUUGUAAAUAUUAAAACAAGCAAAGUAUCAAUAAAGGACUGUGAAGUUCUUUUGAGUGACAUGUCAAAAGUUAGGACAAAUGAGGAACUGGAGUUUACGUUAAAUCAAGGCCUGAAGGAAACUCUGGAUUCGCUGGGAUGUAUAAUUUAUGCUGAAGAAGAUAUUAAAGAAUACAAAGCAACCUUAUAUGGGAAAUUCAAGAUUGAUCCGAUGCACUGCCAAGUAACUGGUAUAUGUACCAUGGAUGACGGAACAUUUGUGAUUGCCGAUUGGACAAAUUCAAAACUGAAGAGACUGAACAAAAGCUUCACGGUCAAAGAUCAUAUUAAGGUUGAAUGUAAUCCGUAUUCAGUAUGCAGAACAGGUACAAAUGAAGUUGCAACAUUUCUGAAUGAAAAAACAAAAAUUCAAUUUGUUUCUUUGGGACAAAGAAUGGAACUGAAAACAGCAUUUAAUAUCGACAGUUCAGCUGUCGGGGUUUCCUAUGAUGUUUUACAAGACUCCUUGCUGGUUUGUCAAGGAAAUCAAGUAUCUGUUUAUACAAAAUCCGGACAGAUGUUACAACAAUACGGAAAGAAAGGAUCUGGUGACAACUUGUUUACGUCAACUGCACAAUUAGCAUUCAAUGUUUCCAGUCAGUUCAUGUUCGUUACUAAUUAUGAUGCUGGAAAUUUGCAGGCUCUGACCAAAGACGGUAAGAUCAUUUGGACAUUCAGUGAUCCAGAGUUAAAACAGCCUUGGGGAGUUUGCGUUCUGCCGGGUGAAUGUAUUUUGGUUUGUGGACAAGGUUCCGACAAUGUGUUACAAAUUGAUAAGAAAGGCCAAAGGAUUGGAGAGUUGCUCGGAGCUUCCGAGAAUUUCAAAUACCCGUUCGCUUUGGCUUUUGACAGGAAAAGCUCCAGACUGCUAAUAGGAAGCAAUUCAAAUGAAAUACACGUGUACACAUUAUCUAGAAAAUAA